AUGUUACUUGACCCGGCCCGACUUACGAACUGGCCCGCUAUCCGGGACUUCGUCCCAACAGCACACCAGGACACAUAUCCCUUCAUCUCAACGGGUGCCGUCGACCUGGGCGGCAAAUCCGUGUUCAUCACAGGGGCGUCCAGAGGCAUUGGGAAGGGUGUGGCGCUGAGCUUCGCACGGGCAGGAUGUUCGCGGAUCGCCGUCGCCGCACGCAGGGGCGUCGAGGAACUGAAGCAAGAGAUCCUCUCGGCGGCCGAGAAGGCAGGCAGGCCUAAGCCCCAUGUCCUUCCCAUCGCUCUCGAUGUAACGUCGGAGGCGGGCGUCAAUGCGGCUGCGAGCGCUGUCGCGGAUGCCUUUAGCGGCGUCCUCGAUAUCCUUAUCAGUAAUGCUGGCCACGUCGAUGCCAUGGUACCUCUGCCUGAAAGCGACCCUGCUGAGUGGUGGAGGACCUGGGAUGUCAACAUACGCGCGACAUACUUAUGCACCCGGGCAUUUCUCCCCCUGUUGCUAAAGAGCAGUAUCCGCACCGUCCUCAUCACCUCGAGCGCGGGCGCACACAUGCUGAUAGGGAACAUGCUCGGCUAUCAGACUACGAAAACGGCGCUGUGUCGCUAUGCCGAGUUUCUCGCCAAGGAGUACGAGGAGGAGGAGCUCGUGGUCCUCGCCGUCCACCCCGGCGACGUUCUCACGGGUAUGGCGGGCAUCAUGGGCGAAGAAAUGGCCGCCAUCUUCAAAGACAAGCCCGAAUUGACCGGCGAUUCGCUCGUCUGGCUCGCGAAGGAGAGGAGGACGUGGUUGAGUGGUCGCUUUGUGAGCGUCACCUGGGAUAUGCAGGAGCUUGAACAGAAGAAGGAGGAGAUUAUUGCCAAGGACCUACUGAAGUUUCGGCUCACGGUCUAA